AUGGUCCAAAUCAAUGCUAGUUUGCGACAGGCUUGCGACUACCAGCGUAUCGCGGACUUUGGCGUGGAGUUGUUGCGUAUGUAUCAGAGCACCAGCAUGUGGGUGGCACAAGCAGAUGACGCUGGUGGUGACGACGAUAAUCCCAAGUAA